AUGGACGUGGACGUGGACGUGGACAUGGACGUGGACGUGGACGUGGACGUGGACGUGGACGUGGACGUGGACGUGGACGUGGACGUGGACGUGGACGUGGACGUGGACAUGGACGUGGACGUGGACGUGGACGUGGAGGGAUGGACGUGGACGUGGACGUGGACAUGGACGUGGACGUGGACGUGGACAUGGACGUGGACGUGGACGUGGACGUGGACGUGGACGUUGGUGGACGUGGACGUGGACGGACGUGGACUGGACGUGGACGUGGACGUGGACGUGGACGUGGACGUGGACGUGGACGUGGACAUGGACGUGGACGUGGACGUGGACGUGGACGUGGACGUGGACGUGGACGUGGACGUGGACGUGGACGUGGACGUGGACGUGGACGUGGACGUGGACGACGUGGACGUGGACGUGGACAUGGACGUGGACGUGGACGUGGACGUGGACGUGGACGUGGACGUGGACGUGGACGUGGACGUGGACGUGGACAUGGACGUGGACGUGGACGUGACGUGGACGUGGACGUGGACGUGGACGUGGACGUGGACGUGGACGUGGACGUGGACAGGACGUGGACGUGGACGUGGACGUGACGUGGACGUGGACGUGGACGUGGACGUGGACGUGGACGUGGACGUGGACAUGGACGUGGACGUGGACGUGGACGGGACGUGGACGUGGACGUGGACGUGGACGUGGACGUGGACAUGGACGUGGACGUGGACGUGGACAUGGACGUGGACGUGGACGUGGACAUGGACGUGGACGUGGACGUGGACGUGGACGUGGACGUGGACGUGGACGUGGACGUGGACGUGGACGGGACGUGGACAUGGACGUGGACGUGGACGUGGACGUGGACGUGGACUGGACGUGGACGUGGACGUGGACAUGGACGUGGACGUGGACGUGGACGUGGACGUGGACGUGGACGUGGACGUGGACGUGGACGUGGACGACGUGGACGUGGACGUGGACGUGGACGUGGACGUGGACGUGGACGUGGACGUGGACGUGGACGUGGACGUGGACGUGGACGUGGACGUGGACGUGGACGUGGACGUGGACGUGGACGUGGACGUGGACGUGGACGUGGACGUGGACGUGGACGUGGACGUGGAAUGGACGUGGACGUGGACGUGGACGUGGACGUGGACGUGGACGGGACAUGGACGUGGACGUGGACGUGGACAUGGACAUGGACGUGGACGUGGACGUGGACGUGGACGUGGACGUGGACGUGGACGUGGACGUGGACGUGGACGUGGACGUGGGACGUGGACGUGGACGUGGACGUGGACCAGACGUGGACGUGGACGUGGACGUGGACGUGGACGUGGACGUGGACGUGGACGUGGACAUGGACGUGGACGUGGACGUGGACGUGGACGUGGACGUGGACGUGGACUGGACGUGGACGUGGACGUGGACGUGGACGUGGACGUGGACGUGGACGUGGACGUGGACGUGGACGUGGACGUGGACGUGGACGUGGACGUGGACGUGGACGUGGACGUGGACGUGGACAUGGACGUGGACGUGGACAUGGACGUGGACGUGGACGUGGACGUGGACGUGGACGUGGACAUGUGGACGUGGACGUGGACGUGGACGUGGACGUGGACGUGGACGUGGACGUGGACGUGGACGUGGACGUGGACGUGGACGUGGACGUGGACGUGGACGUGGACGUGGACGUGGACGUGGACGUGGACAUGGACGUGGACAGGACGUGGACGUGGACGUGGACGUGGACGUGGACGUGGACGUGGACGUGGACAUGGACGUGGACGUGGACGUGGACAUGGACGUGGACGUGGACGUGGACGUGGACGUGGACAUGGACAUGGACGUGGACGUGGACGUGGACGUGGACGUGGACGUGGACGUGGACGUGGACGUGGACGUGGACGUGGACGUGGACAUGGACGUGGACGUAUGGACGUGGACGUGGACAUGGACGUGGACGUGGACGUGGACGUGGACGUGGACGUGGACGUGGACGUGGACGUGGACGUGGACGUGGACGUGGACGUGGACGUGGACGUGGACGUGGACGUGGACGUGGACGUGGACGUGGACGUGGACGUGGACGUGGACGUGGACGUGGACGUGGACGUGGACGUGGACGUGGACGUGGACGUGGACGUGGACGUGGACGUGGACGUGGACGUGGACGUGGACAUGGACGUGGACGUGGACAUGGACGUGGACGUGGACGUGGACUGGGUGGACGUGGACGUGGACGUGGACGUGGACGUGGACGUGGACGUGGACGUGGACGUGGACGUGGACGUGGACGUGGACGUGGACGUGGACGUGGACGUGGACGUGGACGUGGACGUGGACGUGGACGUGGACGUGGACAUGGACGUGGACGUGGACGUGGACGUGGACGUGGACGUGGACGUGGACAUGGACGUGGACGUGGACGUGGACGUGGACGUGGACGUGGACGUGGACGUGGACGUGGACGUGGACGUGGACGUGGACGUGGACGUGGACGUGGACGUGGACGUGGACGUGGACGUGGACAUGGACGUGGACGUGGACGUGGACGUGGACGUGGACGUGGACGUGGACGUGGACGUGGACGUGGACGUGGACUGGACGUGGACGUGGACGUGGACGUGGACGUGGACGUGGACAUGGACGUGGACGUGGACAUGGACGUGGACGUGGACGUGGACGUGGACGUGGACGUGGACGUGGACAUGGACGUGGACGUGGACGUGGACGUGGACGUGGACGUGGACGUGGACGUGGACGUGGACGUGGACGUGGACGUGGACGUGGACGUGGACUGGACGUGGACGUGGACGUGGACGUGGACAUGGACGUGGACGUGGACAGGACGUGGACGUGGACGUGGACGUGGACAUGGACGUGGACGUGGACGUGGACGUGGACAUGGACGUGGACGUGGACGUGGACGACGUGGACAUGGACGUGGACGUGGACGUGGACGUGGACGUGGACGUGGACGUGGACGUGGACGUGGACGUGGACAUGGACGUGGACGUGGACGUGGACGUGGACGUGGACGUGGACGUGGACGUGGACGUGGACGUGGACGUGGACGUGGACGUGGACGUGGACGUGGACGUGGACGUGGACGUGGACAUGGACGUGGACGUGGACGUGGACAUGGACAUGGACGUGGACGUGGACGUGGACGUGGACAUGGACGUGGACGUGGACGUGGACGUGGACGUGGACGUGGACGUGGACAUGGACGUGGACGUGGACGUGGACGUGGACGUGGACAUGGACGUGGACGUGGACGUGGACGUGGACGUGGACGUGGACGUGGACGUGGACGUGGACGUGGACAUGGACGUGGACGUGGACGUGGACGUGGACGUGGACGUGGACAUGGACGUGGACGUGGACAUGGACGUGGACGUGGACGUGGACGUGGACAUGGACGUGGACGUGGACGUGGACGUGGACGUGGACGUGGACGUGGACGUGGACGUGGACGUGGACGUGGACGUGGACGUGGACGUGGACGUGGACGUGGACAUGGACGUGGACGUGGACGUGGACGUGGACGUGGACAUGGACGUGGACAUGGACGUGGACGUGGACGUGGACGUGGACGUGGACGACGUGGACGUGGACGUGGACAUGGACGUGGACGUGGACGUGGACAUGGACGUGGACGUGGACGUGGACGUGGACGUGGACGUGGACAUGGACGUGGACGUGGACGUGGACGUGGACGUGGACGUGGACGUGGACGUGGACGUGGACGUGGACGUGGACGUGGACAUGGACGUGGACAUGGACGUGGACGUGGACGUGGACGUGGACGUGGACGUGGACGUGGACGUGGACGUGGACGUGGACGUGGACGUGGACGUGGACGUGGACGUGGACGUGGACGUGGACGUGGACGUGGACGUGGACGUGGACAUGGACGUGGACAUGGACGUGGACGUGGACGUGGACGUGGACGUGGACGUGGACGUGGACGUGGACGUGGACGUGGACGUGGACGUGGACGGGACGUGGACGUGGACGUGGACGUGGACGUGGACGUGGACGUGGACGUGGACGUGGACGUGGACGUGGACGUGGACGUGGACGUGGACGUGGACGUGGACGUGGACGUGGACGUGGACGUGGACGUGGUGGACAUGGACGUGGACGUGGACAUGGACGUGGACAUGGACGUGGACGUGGACAUGGACGUGGACGUGGACGUGGACGUGGACAUGGACGUGGACGUGGGGGGGACGUGUGGACGUGGACGUGGACGUGGACGUGGACGUGGACGUGGACGUGGACGUGGACGUGGACGUGGACAUGGACGUGGACGUGGACGUGGACGUGGACGUGGACGUGGACGUGGACGUGGACGUGGACGUGGACAUGGACGUGGACGUGGACGUGGACGUGGACGUGGACGUGGACGUGGACGUGGACGUGGACGUGGACAUGGACGUGGACGUGGACGUGGACGUGGACGUGGACGUGGACAUGGACGUGGACGUGGACGUGGACGUGGACGUGGACGUGGACGUGGACGUGGACGUGGACGUGGGUGGUUGGACGUGGACAUGGACGUGGACGUGGACGUGGACGUGGACGUGGACGUGGACGUGGACGUGGACGUGGACGUGGACGUGGACGUGGACGUGGACAUGGACGUGGACGUGGACGUGGACGUGGACGUGGACAUGGACGUGGACGUGGACGUGGACAUGGACGUGGACGUGGACGUGGACGUGGACAUGGACGUGGACGUGGACGUGGACAUGGACGUGGACGUGGACGUGGACGUGGACGUGGACGUGGACGUGGACGUGGACAUGGACGUGGACGUGGACGUGGACGUGGACGUGGACGUGGACGUGGACGUGGACGUGGACAUGGACGUGGACGUGGACGUGGACGUGGACGUGGACGUGGACAUGGACGUGGACGUGGACGUGGACGUGGACGUGGACGUGGACAUGGACGUGGACGUGGACGUGGACGUGGACGUGGACGUGGACGUGGACGUGGACGUGGACGUGGACGUGGACGUGGACGUGGACGUGGACGUGGACAUGGACGUGGACGUGGACGUGGACAUGGACGUGGACAUGGACGUGGACAUGGACGGGACGUGGACGUGGACGUGGACGUGGACGUGGACGUGGACGUGGACAUGGACGUGGACGUGGACGUGGACAUGGACAUGGACGUGGACGUGGACUGGACGUGGACGUGGACGUGGACGUGGACGUGGACGUGGACGUGGACGUGGACGUGGACGUGGACGUGGACGUGGACGUGGACGUGGACGUGGACAUGGACGUGGACAUGGACGUGGACGUGGACGUGGACGUGGACGUGGACGUGGACGUGGACGUGGACGUGGACGUGGACGUGGACGUGGACGUGUGGUGGACGUGGACGUGGACGUGGACGAGACGUGGACAUGGACGUGGACAGGACGUGGACGUGGACGUGGACGUGGACGUGGACGUGGACGUGGACGUGGACGUGGACGUGGACGUGGACGUGGACGUGGACGUGGACGUGGACGUGGACGUGGACGUGGACGUGGACGUGGACGUGGACGUGGACGUGGACGUGGACGUGGACAUGGACGUGGACGUGGACGUGGACGUGGACGUGGACGUGGACGUGGACGUGGACGUGGACAUGGACGUGGACGUGGACAUGGACGUGGACAUGGACGUGGACGUGGACGUGGACGUGGACGUGGACGUGGACGUGGACAUGGACGUGGACGUGGACGUGGACGUGGACGUGGACGUGACGUGGACGUGGACGUGGACGUGGACGUGGACGUGGACGUGGACGUGGACGUGGACAUGGACGUGGACGUGGACGUGGACGUGGACGUGGACGUGGACGUGGACAUGGACGUGGACGUGGACAUGGACGUGGACGUGGACGUGGACGUGGACGUGGACGUGGACGUGGACGUGGACGUGGACGUGGACGUGGACGUGGACGUGGACGUGGACGUGGACGUGGACAUGGACGUGGACGUGGACGUGGACGUGGACGUGGACGUGGACGUGGACAUGGGUGGACGUGGACGUGGGUGGACGUGGACGUGGGUGGACGUGGACGUGGACGUGGACGUGGACGUGGACGUGGACGUGGACGUGGACGUGGACGUGGACGUGGACGUGGACGUGGACUGGACGUGGAACGUGGACGUGGACAUGGACGUGGACGUGGACGUGGACGUGGACGUGGACGUGGACGUGGACGUGGACGUGGACGUGA